AUGAGAGUCAGUAUUUUAAAAUAUGUUUUUUUUUCAAUUAUUAUUUGUUUUUUUGAAUAUGCCCAAAAUGAAAUAUGCCAUGAAAGGAAUAUAAUAAAAUUUAGAAGCAAUAGAAUAUUAGGAGAUGUAGAAAACCAAUUCGAUUUAAAUGAUUUUUAUGAAUCAACUUUGAAUCUUGUAAAUCAACUUAAUGACUAUGAUGAUGACGAAGAAAUGAUGUUUCUUCGAAAUACUAUAGAUUCACAUAUAAAGGAGCAUAAAGAAAAUAAUACAUUACCCGAUUUAAAUAAUGUAGAUAAGAAAACUAAAAAAAUAAUUCGUAAACUUCAAAAAGAAUUAGAAGAGGUAAAAAAAGAGCUUGAUAAUAAAAGGAAUAAUGAAAUAGCAAUACAACCAAAAAAAAAUAAAAAAAUAAAAAAAAAAGAGGAAAAUAAUUCUGUAUCAAAUGAUGAAGAUUCUACCGAAUUGGAGAAUGAAGGAAAUUCACUGAAAGCAAAAAAUAAUCGAAUAGUGAAAAAAAUAAUCAGACACGUAUUGAUGAAGGCAAUGGUGUUUUGGGGAGUUAUUAUUAUUAUUUUAGUUUCAGGGAAGUUAUUAAUACCAUUUAUAGUUUUAAUUACACUGAUUUCAGCUGACUCAGUUAUUAAAAUUAAGAAAAUCACUAAAUUUAAAAUGCCCAAAUUAUUUAAAUAA